AUGCUAGUUCCGAAGGAGCUUGACAAGCUCACCGUCGCCAAUCUUGGGUUCCUGGCCCAACGACGCCUAGCCCGCGGUGUUCGAUUGAAUCACGUAGAGGCAUCGGCCUUGAUCUCAUCCGUCCUGCACGAGCUCAUUCGCGAUGGCCACUACUCCGUCGCUGAUUUGAUGUCCAUCGGAAAGACCAUGCUGGGUCGCCGUCAUGUCCUUCCCUCCGUUGUUGCUACCCUCAUUGAGCUCCAGGUCGAAGGAACUUUCCCUUCAGGUACCUACCUAGUUACCGUACACCACCCCAUCAGUAGUGAUGAGGGUGAUCUCGAGCGUGCGCUGUAUGGAAGUUUCCUGCCUGUUCCCGCCGCCGAGGCCUUCCUCGACCCGGAUCCAAGUGACUUCUUGCCGGAGAAGAUGCCAGGUGCCAUGAUUGCUGUUAAGAACGCGCGGGUGCAUCUGAAUGAUGGACGGAAGCGGAUCAAGUUGAAGGUCAUGAGCAAAGGAGAUCGACCAAUUCAGGUUGGAUCGCAUUACCACUUCAUUGAAACGAACCCGCAAUUGCACUUUGAUCGCAUUCGAUCAUAUGGUUUCCGAUUGGAUAUCGCUGCUGGAACUUCCAUUCGGUUCGAGCCCGGUGAUACCAAGACUGUUACUUUGGUAGAGAUUGCUGGCAAAAAGGUUAUUCGAGGAGGUAACUGGUUGGCGAAUGGACCCAUUGAUUUGAGCCGCGCCGAGGAGAUUGUGACAAAGUUGCAGACUGCUGGAUUUGCGCAUGUCCCAGAGCCGAUGGCAGAUAGCGCAUUGAUUACUGGAUUCUCAAUGGAACGAGAAGCCUACUCUCGCAUGUUUGGUCCCACAACUGGCGACCUGGUACGUCUCGGUCUGACCAACUUGUGGGUGCAGGUGGAGAAUGAUUUGACUAGCCACGGUGACGAGUGUACGUUCGGUGGUGGUAAGACCGUUCGUGAUGGCAUGGGUCAGGCAUCUGGUCGCUCGGCCUCCGAGUGUGUUGAUACUGUCAUCACGAAUGCACUUAUCGUCGAUUGGACUGGUAUUUACAAGGCCGAUAUUGGUAUCAAGGAUGGCCUGAUUGCUGGAAUUGGCAAGGCGGGUAACCCCGAUAUGAUGGAUAACGUGCACCCCAAUUUGGUGGUCGGUGCCUCCACCGAUGUGAUCGCCGGUGAGAACAAGAUUAUUACUGCUGGUGGUUUCGAUACGCACAUUCACUUCAUCUGCCCACAACAGGUGGAUGAGGCUUUGGCUUCGGGAAUUACCACUUUCCUGGGUGGUGGUACUGGUCCCAGUACUGGAUCAAACGCCACAACUUGCACACCGGGUCCGAAUCACAUGCGCCAGAUGAUGCAGGCGUGCGACAACCUGCCCAUGAACAUCGGUAUCACGGGCAAGGGUAAUGAUUGUGGACGGAUCAGUCUUGAGGAGCAGAUUAAGGCUGGUGCAGCCGGCCUUAAGCUGCACGAGGAUUGGGGUUCUACCCCUGCCGCCAUCGACAACUGUCUGUCAGUCUGCGAUGACUUCGAUGUGCAGUGCAUGAUCCAUACCGACACUCUGAACGAGUCCGGAUUCGUCGAACAAACGGUGGAGGCCUUCAAGGGUCGUACCAUUCACACAUACCACACCGAGGGUGCCGGUGGCGGUCACGCACCCGAUAUUAUUUGUGUCGUCGAGCACCCCAACGUCCUGCCCAGUAGUACCAACCCGACCCGACCCUUCACCUUGAACACACUCGACGAGCAUCUUGACAUGCUGAUGGUCUGCCACCAUCUGUCAAAGAACAUCCCCGAAGAUGUCGCUUUCGCCGAGAGCCGUAUCCGCGCCGAGACCAUCGCCGCCGAAGAUGUCCUCCACGACCUCGGCGCUAUCAGCAUGAUGUCCUCUGACUCGCAGGCCAUGGGCCGCUGUGGUGAGGUUAUCCUGCGCACAUGGCAUACCGCGCACAAGAACAAGGAACAGCGUGGCCCUCUACCCGAAGACGCCGGUAAUGGCAACGACAACUUCCGUGUCAAGCGCUACAUCAGCAAGUACACCAUUAACCCUGCACUGGCCCAGGGUAUGGCCCAUAUGAUCGGUAGUGUGGAGGUUGGCAAGCUUGCCGAUCUGGUGAUUUGGAACCCGAGCAGAUUCGGUACGAAGCCCUACCAGGUUCUUAAGAGCGGCAUGAUCGCCGUGUCGGAGAUGGGCGAUGCGAACGCUUCAAUCCCGACUAUUGAACCCUUGGUCAUGCGACCCAUGUUUGGUGUCCAUGUGCCUAGCACCUCUGUCAUGUUCGUUUCUCAAGCUUCUAUCGAUGAAGGCAUUGUCCAGACAUACGGUCUUAAGAAACGUAUUGAAGCAGUCAAGGGAUGCAGAACUGUUGGAAAGAAGGAUAUGAAGUUUAAUGACUCCAUGCCCAAGAUGAAGGUUGACCCGGAGAGUUAUACUGUUGAAGCAGACAACAUGCUCUGUGACGCCGAACCUGCGACCGAGCUACCCUUGACACAGGCGUACUACGUCUUCUAG